AUGGCCGAGUCCCAGUCCGCCCAGAAAAUAUGGCUUCAGUCGAGCGAUCUCGCUGUCCUCGAAGUUGACCGCCCAGUUGCUGAGCGCUCCAUGCUUAUCAAGAACCUUCUCGAGGAUCUUGGCAGUGACAGCAUCAGCGCUACCAAUGCCAUUCCAAUCCAGAAUGUGAAUGAGUCGGUACUUCGCAAGGUCAUCGAGUGGUGUGAACACCACCGCAAUGACCCCAUGCAGUCCCAGGAUGACGAUUCGGACGCUCGCCGUAAGACGACCGAGAUCGAGGAGUGGGACCAGAAGUUUAUGCAGGUCGACCAAGAGAUGCUUUUCGAGAUCAUCCUUGCUGCCAACUACCUCGACAUCAAGCCUCUUCUCGAUGUCGGAUGCAAGACGGUUGCUAAUAUGAUCAAGGGCAAGUCUCCCGAGGAGAUCCGCAAGACCUUCAACAUCACCAACGACUUUACACCCGAGGAGGAGGAGCAGAUUCGCAGGGAGAACGAGUGGGCUGAGGACCGAUAA